UAUGAAUAGGAUCACAAAUGGUGUAAUAGGACUUGCCUUGAAAAAUUAGGUUUUUUUCAGUACAGCAAAGAAAGCUAAAAUGGAAUUGACAAUUAGAACUCCAUAUAAAACUAUAUUAGAUAAAUUUGAUGGUUUCUCAAGAAUUGUGGCUAAAACAAAUGAAGUAAUAGUGAUUUCUAAUAAAUUCACAAGGCAGCUCUUAUUAUUCAAAAUAGAACUCCUGCUGCAGUAUACAUAUUACCUCCAGGCCCUUUAAAAAUCAAAUUCACUUAAGAUGUUAAAGGAGUCACAGGUGACUUUUUGCAUUUGGGAGGCUAUGUUUUUGUUAAUCCGUAAUUAAUUUAAAUCUAAAGUAGUGAUAACACAUGCGAAAUCAAUUUGAUGGAUUUGGUUGAUAGAAAAGAAGCAAAAGUAGAUUAAUUUGAUAAGGCUGAUGUUAAAGAUGCUGAUACAGUUGCUGGAAGAUAUGCAGGAAAAAUUAGAAGAGCAGCAUAACGUACAUUUAUUAAAAAAGCAACAGCAUGAUA